UAUAUAGGUCAUGUAGUUCUGUUUUAAAAAUACUACUGUUUCAUAUGUUAACUUAGAACUAUGACAGAUACUUGUGAAAACGUCUUUUCUCCGAUAACGUUAACUUCGACUCGCUUUUAUGCUAAUGUACCACGUUUAACUUCCUAGCUGCGUUUUCAAGCUGACUGAAAAUGACAGCUGUUAGCCAGAAUGAUGAUGAAUGAGCGGUCCUUUUAGUUCAGGGCUACACCUAAAGUCGGACCAGACACACCUACAUGGUUGUGUAACACACUAGUUGUGUUAGGCGGUGCAGUAGUUUAGUUGGCUGACAUGCCCAUGUGGACACGGCUCUGCUAGCUUAACAGUUAGCUUUAGCUACGUAGCAUUAGCUUAACAAGUAGCAGACCAUCUAUUGGUAGAUAUACUUCAUUGAUCCCAAACUGGGAAAUUGCAGAGAUCUACUCCACAAGCAGAAGAAAUUUGUUGAGUAUCAUGACAUCCAUGGCUCCUCAUAAUUUCUCGUGGGUGGAUCCAGGUAAAGUGGCCGGGCUGGCGAUGCCCAGGAUGACGUAUGAAUACCAGUAUCUGCUGGACAACGGCAUAAAACACCUGGUCUGCCUGUGUGAGAGGAAACCACCUUACUAUGACACAUGCCCAGACCUAAACCUGCAUCACAUCAAGAUCGCUGACUUUACCCCCCCCUCACCAAGUCAGAUUGACCGAUUCCUGUCCCUGGUGGAGGAGGCAAACGCGAAGGGUGAGGGCAUUGCAGUUCACUGCAUGCACGGCCAUGGGAGGACCGGGACCAUGCUGGCCUGUUACUUGGUCAAGACCAGGAAGAUAUCGGGGGUCGAAGCCGUCAGUGAAAUCCGCAGACUACGCCCAGGCUCCAUCGAAACUCAUGAACAGGAGAAGGCGGUGGUGCAGUUUUACCAGCGCACUAAGUAGGUUUUACAACCCAACAGGCACAGUAAUGGUAAUGACAUGGAUAUAACAGAAGACAAAUGUAAGUGCCUCAAAUAUGAAUGAAUACGUUUAAUAUGAACAAUUAGGAAACAUUAGCAAGUAUGUAAACAGUGAUUAAACAAACAAAACUGAGUCAGUGAUACAGUCAAACCUUAAGCAGGGAUGCAAACUAGCAGUGAACUGAAGAAAUGCAGCUUCAGGUCCAGGUUGGAGUAGAGAUACAUUACUGUCAUUUUACUUUAAUUACAAUACUGAUGUCAAAAUGUUGUAUGUAUUAAAGUUGAAAUCUUUCACAGUUUGUGUGGUUUUUAGAAGUUGCUUUAGAAGCUGUUUUAUCUCCUGGAUCUGUUUCCACUCACUGUAAGAUCUAUGAGUCCAGCUGUAAAACUAAUAGAAUUCACAUCAUGACAACAAUGAAAACAAGCUAUAAAUUAAAUCAGUCAAUGACAAUUAAAAGAAGUAUUCAAAUAUAAUUACAUAAGUAGAACAUUAUAAGGAAUUAAAUUUUUAAAAAAUGCAGAUAAAUUCAAAAUAGUAAAUGUAAAUAGGAUAUACAUAGGUGGCCAGGACAGACUCCAGUGCCCUUACGAGGUUUAAGUGGUUUUUGGAUGGAUGGAUGUUCCUUAUAUAAAGGUUAUUGUAGGUCUGGGAAAGAAUGAAACAUUUCUCCUCCUUCAGUCAGUGACAGUGUUGGACUGAAGGCUAAACAGGUGAAGACCAUAAAAUGAUCAUGAAAAUCAUCAGACUGAGCUGUUGUAGACUCUGAUGGACUUGGAAGGUUUUCUAGGGUUUUUUUUGUCAAAUGAUAAAAACUAUUCUGUGCGUUCUGCUCAUAUUCAGAAUAUCAACAACUGUACUGACCUUAUUAUUUAGCGCAUAAUGAUCAAAGCAGCAUAUAAGGCAGUGGGAUAUUAGAAUCAAGAAAAGAUGGGAAAAGUUAAAACAGGUCAAACUUUAAUGUGAGAGGGGGCCAUAUAGAGGAUAUACCCUCCUCUGAUGUAUUAUUGGAAACUCAAGACAUUUUUCAGCAUCAGUAUCAGUAGUAUUUGUAUCAGUAAUGUCUCAGUCUGUAAAAUUUCAGUCCAAACAAAUUCAUAAAGAUGUGUUUUAAAGAAUAGCAUUUCAGUGAAAUUACCGACUGUACAUCACAUCUGUUAAUUUAUUAAUUCUAGGGUUAGUUCCUCCUUCAUCUACAUACUGACAAUACAUUUUCCUCUGGUGGAGCACGACCCCAGAGUUCCCUAAAGGGGGUGUGUAUGUGUCACCUUGACGUUUGCAUCCCUGCUUAGGACAUUUAAGAAACAAGACGAACAGACCAACAUGUCCUCAGUAAGUGCAUAUACGUUGUCUUCACUCAGCACUGAGUCCUGUCACUGUCCUACCACAUUAUCUGAUAUGUAAUAUUUAUCAUGUCUGAUAUCCUACUGUAUCUGUCCAAACGCCCCCUACACACGACAACGAAAUUAUGUCAAUCUGCAAAACUUAAAUAUUGUUUUGGUGUUUCAUGCACAUGACACUGGCGUUGUCAGUGCCCUGAAACGGUAUAUUUGGAGAACGGGUCCCAGAGCGCAAAAAGCUCACACCACCCUCGUGUUGCCGUAUGGAUAGGCAAACACCAUUUUUUUUGGAAACGAUGACGCCAUAGUACCAUGUGACCAGAAGAAGAAAACCCCGGAUGUAACCUCACGCGUAUGCUUACUCCAGUCGUCUGUGAUCUUAGUGUAUUCUGUGGCUCUGUCAGCGUUUGUGUACAGCGCCACAUAUGGGUGUAGCAUAUAUAUUACACCGUUUUAACCCAGUGUUCCUGUUCCCACCUUGACGCAGAUAUUUCUUGAAACGAUACAUGAAACUUUUAGAAUCCACAAAACAAAAAUACCACAAGCGUUGUCGUCUGGAUGUGGCCAAAGGCUAUGUUUAGACGGUAAUGAUCUGAACCAAAAACGCAAAAGUGGUGUUGUGUUCUCACUUUUAAUUCCGCGUUUAGACGUGCAUUUUGAGGGAAAAUCUGCAUGCAGACGGACACACAAAAGUGUGUGAAAUUUCCUAUUAUUAUUCUUCUAUUAUUAUUUAUGCCAUGCACGGUCAUCAACUACUCCAUUAACAAAGUUGUCCCACCAGUGAACAGUCCUCCCAGGUCUCAUCCACAACUGUCUGCUUUUCCUCUUCUGUAUUGGUGCAUCAAUAAUUUGCUGAAGGUAGUUAAUGUGCCUUCUCUGCUCUUUCUCUACUCUAUAAAGAUUCAUGAUAAUUGCUGAAACGACUCUUGGAUGUAAAUUAGAGCGGCUAGGGCAAGUUGAAGGAUCCGUCACAGGGAAAUAAUCUGACAUGUUGUUUUCCUGUACUGGCGCAUGCGUGUAAUGUAAACUCUACACGACGAGAAAACGCAGUUUUGCGUUUUCAACCCUUUAGACAGUGACACGAGAGUUGAGCAUUUUUAAGAUUUCCACUCUGGAAGGUGGUUUCACUUUUUUGCGCUUUCAACCCCCAAAAACUCCGUCGCCAUCUAAACGAAAGGCAUAUCUGAUCAAAUAUUUUGUCGUUUUCACCCAAGAGCAUUGUCGUGUAAACUGGGCCUAAGUGGGUUUCUGUGUCCGAGGCCUUUCCUCCUCACUCAUGCACUGGAUGUCAGGGCAAACAGACGCUGACGCUCUUUGAACGUCAGCUUUUCAGGAGCAGACGUUCUCUGGAGUUUCUGUCUCUGGUCUCUGCAAAAAAAAAAAAAAAGAAGGAACUGAAAAAUAUUGACAGGAAUACUUGAACUAGUGGGAAAGCUCUUAAGGGACUCAAAUAUGAACAUAAUUUAGUGUUAUGUGUUUACCUCAGGGAAAUGUGAGUGUGUGAUUGUUUGUAGGGCUGGGGUUAAUUCCUGUAAUGACCUGGUUGUGGUACUUCUGUGUGUACAUGUGUGUUCUUACUGUUUUGCUGUUGUGUUGUGAACGUCUGGACUAAGUCCACUGGGCCUCUGAUCUGCCAAACACAUCACAUGUAAAAAAUAAAAGUCUGAUCAACA